UACAAAAUGGCCACAACAUCUAUGUAUAUAGCAUCUGACCAGGUUUAUGACUACAGUUGUUCCAAGUGUAAUGAAGAUGGCAAAAACAUUGAGGCUCAACACUUCUGUCCAGAGUGUGAACACUAUCUGUGUGAAAAUUGUGUGAAAUUGCAUAAGGGAUACCAUAGCAAACAUACUGUGUUUGGGCGUGGAGACAUUCAGAAGUGGGUGGGGUUUUCCAUGGACAUAUGUGACCAACAUGGCAACAAUCUUGAGUUCCACUGUGAUGACCACCAGGAACUUUGCUGCCACGUUUGUUUGGCACUCUGGCACAGGCAUUGUAACAACAUCAGUCACCUGCCAGACCUGGCCAGAGGUUUCCUGAAAACAGAAGAGUUCAAGCAGCUGCCAGUAGCACUGGACAAUAUGAGGAGCAGGCUGGAUGAGCUCAGGAAUGCAAGGAUGAAAGACCAAGCCUCACAUGAGGACUCAUACAAGAACAUCCUGGCUGAAAUAAAGGCUCUCCGCAAAGAAAUAAAUUUCAUCUUUGACCAGCUUGAAAAGAAGACUGUUGAAGAGUUGGAUAGCAUGAUGAAACAUUUGGAGAAGUCAGUGAAAGAUGAUAUUGAAACAUGUGCUCAGAUGCAUCACCAACUCAAGAACAUGGUUAAAAAGCUCCAGCAGAUGUCAGGCAAACACAAGGAGACCAGUUCCUACAUUGUCUACCAGAAAUGCCAAAAUAAACUUAUAAAGGCUGAUAGUAUGAUACAAGAGAUAACUGAAAGACCAAAACAAAGAGUAUUAUUUUAUCCCAACACCAAGAUUGAAACUUUCCUCAAAGGCUUGGACAAUUUAGGAAACUCUGACAAAGUUCAGGGGUACAAGUGUCAUAGCUCAAAAUAUGUUUCUGUAAAGGUCCAAGGUGAUGAGUCUAACUGCUAUAUUGAAGGUAUAUGUGAGAUGCCAAAUGGAGACUUUGUCAUUGCAGACCGUACCAACAAGAGAGUGAAGCUUCUGAACAGCCAAUACCAGGUCAUUGAUCACUGUGAACUUCCUGGUUAUCUGCAACAUUUGUGUCAUAUCGCAGUCAAUGAAGUAGCUGUUGCUGCUAGAUAUGAAGUCCACUUUCUAAAGGUGACCAAUAGGAGGCUACAGAAAGUGAGAAAGUUCACCACUGAGCAUGAGUGUAUCUCCAUUGCCCACCACGAGGGGCAGAUGUAUGUAGGCUCGACCACAGUCCUCUACCAGUACACAAUGGAUGGAGAACUUGUAAAGAAGAUUUACGAAGACAAGUCUGGUAACUUGACAGCGGACAAAUGCGCUUUUAGUCCUGAUGGGGAGAGAAUUUAUGUUACAAACAGAUGUAAACAUACAUUACUUACACUUGAUAAAAGUGGUCAAGUAUUAUCGACAUUCAAAGAUCCAGAAUUGAAAUGUCCCAGAGGAGUAUGCGUGAGCCCAAGUGGCCAUGUUUUUGUGUGUGGGCGGGAGGCUAACACUGUGUUGCAGGUGGACAGGGAGGGGACGCAGAAGCUGACCACAGUGGCCAAGAAGGCUGAUGGCUUGGAGUGGCCUCGGUCAGUGUGCUUCAGUGAACAAACUUCCAGCCUCGUUGUUGGGAAGUAUGGAGAAAACAAUAUCAUUGUGUUCAAGUUGUAUUGAACAAGGCGUUAAAGAUUUUAAUGAGUUUGCAUUGUCCUCUUUAGUCUCUUCUUUGUAGCUAAAUUAAUACAAUGAACUAUGGAGUGUUGACAGGAAGGUCCCACUUGUGUCAGCCAAAGUUAAGUGAACAAACAUAAGGCCUCUUUGUUGGACAUACAGCAUCUUUGCUUUCAAGUUGUGUUGAACCAUGGAUCUAUGAAUUUAAAGAGUUUUGAACAAUCUGUUUUGCUUUGUAGCUGAAUGAUUUAGGUUAUAAUCAGGGGCAUAGAUUCCAUAGACCAUGUAGGCCACUGUCUGCACAUUUAAAAAAAAAAAAGAAAGGUAAAAAUGCCAAAAUAAUGUUAAAAUGUUUCCCUUAGACUUAGUGAGAACUCCGCCUACCUACUUCGUGUGUGUGUUUGUGUUGAUCUAAUGUUGCAAACCUUACUAUCUGUGUGUCUACAUCAUAAUCGGUGUUAUGAUAAAUGUAUUAGUUCCUUGUUGCCUGGCCUUGUAUUGUAUCGAAUUUGUAAAUAUAUCAUGUUAUUGUAUGUCGAUUUAUGUUCAUACAUUGGAGUAAGGAAAU